AUGCGACACAACGACCAACGGACGGUCUGUGACACAGGUUCGCAGGCGUACUGCACCAACGCGAACACGAUUCUGUCGGACCAGUGCCGCAAAUAUGUCGAUCGCGUCGUUAAAACGAAGAAUGAUUCAGCGUAUAAAGACCGAGUUCGUUUUGCCAGCAAUAGCACCAAAACGAUCACGGACUACUGCAACGCGCUUUCGGACGUCGCACACAAAGCGAUCAACGGCGUAAUCGUUGCCAGUCCCACACUGGACCAUCCAUUGAGGCAGGAGCAAGCGUUUAAGAACAGCGUGGUCCAAUAUGUCGUAAACCGAGGAGGCCGCUCGCGCUAA